UGUGUGUGAGUGAGUGUGAGAGUGUUUGUGUGAGUGAGUGUGUGUUUCCCCCCUUUGAUACAUUAUUCUCAUUAAAGAUGUCGGCUCCAGUCGGGCCUCGGGGCCCUCGCCAGCCCGGCCCUGUUUCCCCUCAUCCGCCUCUUCUUGCUUCACCGGCUCCUCCUGCCUCCACCACUACCACUACCACCUCCUCCACCACAUCCACCACCUCCACCUCCACCGCCGCCGCCGCCGCCGCCGCCGCCGACAUGUCCGAGGUGCCGGACCUCAGCCACCUCACCGAGGAGGAGAGGAAAAUCAUCCUGGCCGUCAUGGACAGGCAACGCCAGGAGGAAGAGAAGGAACAGUCCAUGCUCAGGAAAUUGCACCAGCAGUUUGAGAUGUAUAAAGAUCAGGUAAAGAAGAUGGGUGAUGAAGCACAGCAAGAAGAGGAACAGAAGAGUGAUGCACCCACCUGUGGAAUCUGUCACAAAACCAAGUUUGCCGAUGGCUGUGGCCACAUCUGUUCAUAUUGCCAAACAAAAUUCUGUGCUCGGUGUGGAGGGAGAGUGUCACUGCGAUCAAACAAGGAAGACAAAGUGGUGAUGUGGGUGUGUAACUUGUGCCGAAAACAACAGGAAAUCCUCACAAAAUCAGGGGCCUGGUUCUACAGCAGUGGAUCAAACACAACACAGGAGGCUGAUCUGACAGAGGCCACAGAGGGACUGGUCCACACAAAUGAAGAAGCGCCACAGGAGAAGAAAGCAAAACUACAGGAGCAUUCCCAAUUCCAAGGUCCUUUACCCUCAGGGGACAUUUCUACACCAGCGUCAGACAAAAACAAACCUCAAGGGCUCACGCGACAAGAUACAAUCAAAAAUGGUUCAGGGGUAAAGCAGCAUUCAAUGCAGACUGCCAGUGAGAUCCCCAUGGACAGGAAAAGGAGCCCAUCAACAUCCAGGGAACACAAUCAAAAAUACCAUCAGAGGGAAGACAGAGCAGAUCCAUCACAGUAUGCACUUGUGGACAGUGCAAUGCAGAGAUCACCAACAGAAUAUGCAGACCGAGACAAGCGAUCCCAACGUGGGUCAUGGGCUUAUGAUGACUCUGAACAUAUCGAGCACAAAGAAAGCAGGGACUCCACUCGUAGAAGUCGAAGAAGGUCUCAAGAAUUCCGAGAUUUGGUUGAUGAAGAUAUUGAUCUACAAACUAGAGAUGAAUAUGAACGGCAGAGACGAGAGGAGGAGUAUCAAACUCGGUAUCGUAGUGAUCCAAAUUUGGCUCGUUACCCAGUCAAACUUCAACCGUAUGAAGAGCAAAUGCGGAUGCACGCUGAAAUGUCUCGAGUGCGUCAUGAACGAAGACACAGUGAUGUUUCUUUGGCACACACUGAGAUGGAUGAUGUACAAAUUUCAAUGCCUAGAAUGGAAAGGCAGUCAAGACAACGUUCUGGAUGUGAUCGCAGAGGCCCUGCACAAAGUCAGCGUUCUUACUCUAUGGAAAGAACUCAAGACAUGCAAGGGCCUAGUUCUAGUUGGCAAAGGACCCCAAAUCACAGUCCUCCGACGCCCAGGCGUAGUCCAAUUCCAUUUGAUAGGGGUGACAUCCGUCAUUCAGAUUCAAUGCGGAAACAGCAGCAUUUGGAUCCAAGUUCAGCUGUAAAGAAAACAAAACGGGAAAAGAUGGAAACUAUGCUACGGAAUGACUCGCUCAGCUCAGAUCAGUCUGAGUCCGUAAGGCCACCACCACCAAAGCCACAUAAAACAAAGAAAGGAGGUAAAAUGCGCCAAAUCUCAUUGAGUAGCUCGGAGGAAGAGCUUGCAUCUACUCCAGAAUAUACCAGCUGUGAUGACGUGGAGAUUGAGAGUGAAAGCGUCAGUGAAAAAGGGAACAGUCAAAGGGGAAAAAGAAAAACUAGUGAGCAGGCAGUAUUGUCGGACUCUAACACCUUGUCUGAGAGGCAAAAGAAAAUGGUGCGAUUUGGCGGCCACUCAUUGGAAGAGGACUUGGAAUGGUCUGAGCCUCAGAUUAAAGAUUCUGGGGUAGAUACAUGCAGUAGCACAACACUAAACGAAGAACAUAGCCAUAGCAAGAAGCAUCCGGUGACGUGGCAACCGUCCAAAGAUGGAGAACGCCUAAUUGGUCGAAUAUUGUUAAAUAAGCGAUUAAAAGAUGGUACUGUGCCUAGAGAUUCUGGAGCACUGCUUGGUCUGAAAGUUGUAGGCGGAAAAAUGACUGAAUCUGGCAGAUUAUGCGCAUUCAUUACUAAGGUGAAGAAAGGGAGUUUAGCAGACACUGUAGGGCAUCUUAGACCAGGUGAUGAAGUUCUUGAGUGGAAUGGAAGAUCAUUACAAGGAGCUACAUUUGAGGAGGUGUAUAACAUCAUUUUUGAAUCCAAACCUGAGCCACAAGUAGAACUGCUGGUUUCCAGGCCUAUUGGGGAUAUUCCCCGGAUACCAGACAGCACACAUGGACAGCUUGAAUCAAGUUCUAGUUCCUUUGAGUCCCAGAAGAUGGAUCGUCCUUCUAUUUCUGUCACUUCUCCCAUGAGCCCAAGCAUGUUGCGAGAUGCCCCACAAUUCGUGCCUGGACAGCUUUCAAGCCAAAGCCUUAGUAGAAGAACAGCGCCUUUUGUUCCUAGGGUUCAGAUAAAACUCUGGUACGACAAAGUUGGCCACCAGCUUAUAGUUACAGUACUUGCAGCAAAAGAUCUUCCUUUUAGGGAAGAAGGAAGGCCAAGGAAUCCCUAUGUCAAAAUUUACUUUCUUCCUGACCGAAGUGAUAAAAGCAAAAGAAGAACAAAAACGGUAAAGAAAACACUUGAACCCAAGUGGAACCAGACGUUCAUUUAUUCUCCAGUUCAUCGGAGAGAAUUUCGGGAACGCAUGCUGGAAAUCACCCUGUGGGCCCAAGCUCGAGUUCGAGAAGAAGAGAGUGAAUUUUUAGGAGAGAUUCUCAUAGAAUUGGAAACUGCCUUGCUGGACGAUGAAGCACACUGGUACAAACUCCAGACUCAUGACGUUUCAUCAAUGCCCCUUCCACAACCUUCACCUUAUACAUCACGCAGACACCCGCACGGUGAAAGCCCCACGAGGAGAUUACAAACUGUGACACACUCAUUACCGUGCAUGAGCUCAAAUGUACACAGAUACUAUACAGGUCCACAUGCAUUAUCUUCAGGAUCUCAACGUAUCAGUGACAGCGAAGUUUCCGAUUAUGACUGUGAUGAUGGAGUUGGUGUCGUUUCUUCAGAUUAUCGUCACAAUGGGAGAGAGACUCAGAGUUCUACGUUGUCUGUUCCAGAGCAAGUAAUGUCAUCAAACCAUUGUUCACCAUCAGGCUCACCACAUCGCGGGGACAAUAUGGGCUGGACCCGUUCCCGGUCCCCCAGUGUUCCCCCCUCUCAAAGAGGCUCAGAGUUGGGUCCUCGAAGCAGUCGCUGUUCCCCUCAACAGUACAAUACAAUCAGCAGAAUGGAUAGGCACAGGAUGCUGGAUGACCACUUUUCUCCAGAGAGGGAAAGUCAGUAUCUUACACUACCUCGGUCCAGACACAGUCAUGUCAUCGAGCAUCAUCACAAGGAUUUCAGGUUGAAGCCUACGGUAAGCAAAUUGUUGAAAAAAAGCAGCAUGAAUCAUAUUGUUUAUCCCCUCUAUCGGGAAGAUGCUAUAAGGUUACUUCGUUCCCAAAAGAUCAACAGUAUCUACUCUGAGGGUGCUUACAAUGAUGUUGAGAGGAGAAUUGGGCAGCAGGGGAGAGUACCCACUGUUUGGUAUGAUGGUGGUGCUGCUGAUCACCCAGAAAGAUGGUACAAUGGUGGAAGUCACAAUGCAUGGUCAAAUCAUACAGUAGUGAAUGGGACAUCAGAGCACUAUAGCCAGGUUUCUGUAACAAACAGAAGAACGGCUUGCCCAAGAAUAGAAAUCCAGCAGCCUUCCACUGACACCGACAGGAGUGAAACAGUGGAAGUUGUGCCAGAUCAUGCAUCCCAUUCGGAAGCUGAACUGAGUGAGCCAGCUGAGGAAAUGAGGAAUCGCGAGCCAUCCGAUAGACAGGAAUAUCAAAGAUCCAGAUCAACAGAGCAACGGCCUGUGCUUGAGCGGAUGAACUCCCGCUCCAGAUCCUCUGAGCGUGCCGAAACAAACGUCAUGAGAUCGAUGCCAUCAUUAACAUCGGGAAGAUCUGCCCCUCCUUCACCUGCACUAACGAGGUCACAUCCCCGUAGUGGAUCAGUACAAACCAGUCCAACCAGUACACCGAUGUUAGGACGGAGGGGUCGACAGCUGCCACAACUUCCACCAAAAGGGACUCUGGAAAGAAACAAUGGAGAAGAAGGAAUUGAUCUUUAUGAAGAAGAAGACAAUGAAAAUACUCAGGAACGUUGGUCAGAGGUGGAGGAAGACGCUGAGGAGAAAGCUCAAUUUACACCUGUUAACGGGAGGAAAGAAGUAACCUGGGAAGACCAGCAAAGGAAAAUGAAUGGUACAGUAGCUGAUAACAGGUCAAAGCAGAGGCAGCUUUCUGAGCCAGAAGAGCUGGAUUUACCCAAACGGAGAAAUUCAGAGGACAACGAUGCAGAAGCAGAAAUCUGGGAAUCAGGUGCAGUGGAUGUGGAAGAAAGAACUCGCCAAAUGAAAAUGAAAAUGAACAAGUACAAGCAGGUAGCAGCAUCAGAUUCCAGACUGGAACAGGAAUAUCAUUCUAAGCAUCGGUUGGGACGGGACACUCAUCGAGGGUCAGAUAAUAUCUCCAACAAAUCAUCCGACAGCGAUGUCAGUGAUGUGUCUGCCGUUUCAAGGACAAGUAGUGCUUCACGAAUGAGCAGCACAAGUUACAUGUCUGUGCAGUCUGAGCAUCCUCGAACAACCAGGAAGAUCAGGCGGUCAAAAGCAUUAGAGGAGAAGAAAGAGGGAGGGGAAGAAGGAGAGGAGGGUGAGGCAGAAUUGGAGGCCGAGGUAGAGGAGGAAGAGGAUAUAAAGAAAGACGGGGAGGUGGAUGAUCUGCUCCUCAAUGAGAAAAAAGAGGAUAAUGAGGAAUUGGGGCUAGAAAAAGGAAAGGAAGAGCAAGAGGGAUAUGGGCAAGAGGAAUGUGGGCAAGAGGAAUGUGGGCAAGAGGAAUGUGGGCAAGAGGAAUGUGGGCAAGAGGAAUGUGAGGACGAUAAAUAUGAACAAGAGGAAUGUGAGCAAGAGAAAUGUGAGGAGGAGAAAUAUGUAGAGGAUGAGGAGGAUGAGGGGGAGGAAGAGACAGAGAAGAUACAAAGGAAAAAAGAGGAUUUGCAAAGACGAUACUCUGAAAAUGAUGUCAGCAAACAGAUGGCGACCUCAGAAAAGAACAUGACGAAAAGCACCAGUGUGAUUGGAGAUAUGUACAGCAUAGAGAAGAAUGAUGGCAGCCAAUCCGACACAGCUGUGGGCACCGUUGUCACCGGUGGCAAAAAACGAAGAUCGAGUAUCGGCGCCAAAAUGGUGGCUAUCGUAGGUCUCUCAAGGCGUAGCCGCAGUACAUCACAGCUAAGUCAAACAGAGGCUGGAGGGAAAAAACUACGAAGUACGAUCCAGAGAAGCACUGAAACUGGGUUAGCCGUCGAAAUGAGGAAUAGAAUGACCCGACAACCGAGUCGCGAAUCUACUGAUGGGAGCAUGAACAGUUACAGUUCGGAGGGAAACCUUAUCUUUCCUGGUGUUCGAUUGGCAUCGGACAGCCAAUUCAGUGAUUUUCUGGAUGGCCUUGGCCCAGCACAGAUGGUUGGACGUCAGACCCUUGCAACACCAUCAAUGGGUGACAUCCAAAUCGGCAUGAUGGAUAAAAAAGGGCAGUUGGAAGUAGAGGUUAUCCGAGCUCGAGGUUUGAUGGGGAAACCCGGAUCCAAAGCUUUACCUGCACCAUAUGUUAAAGUUUAUCUAUUGGAAAAUGGCAUCUGCAUAGCCAAAAAGAAAACAAAAGUGGCACGAAAAACACUAGACCCUCUGUACCAGCAACAGCUGCCAUUUGAAGAUAGCCCCCAGGGAAAAGUUCUUCAGAUAAUUGUGUGGGGUGAUUAUGGACGAAUGGACCACAAAUCCUUCAUGGGAGUUGCACAGAUCCUACUGGAGGAACUUGACCUGUCCAACAUGGUGAUUGGCUGGUAUAAACUCUUUCCCACCUCCUCACUCGUUGAUCCAACCUUGGCCCCACUGACAAGAAGAGCUUCCCAAUCAUCACUUGAGAGUUCAUCUGGACCUUCUUAUGCUCGUUCAUAGCAGUUGUGAAAGUGUUGCUAUAGCAACCAGCAUUCAGCUCGCAGGUCGCAAGCCCUGGUUACACUGCAUGCUUGAUGUUGUGUCUUCUGAGCCUGUUCCUAGGGAUUAAAAGCGUUCCUGUGUUCUCAGAGGAGAUUGCACACAUUGUGCCCUGAGAAGGUCCUUAGUUAGGGAAGGAGUUGGCGUUUUGCAGAACUUAUAUGGUUGUUGGAAUUAAAUGACUAUUUUUUUUGUCCAAUCAGAAGCCAUGGAUUUAAAAACAAAUAAGUAAGAACCUAUCAAUCCACACAGCAAAAGCCCUAAUUUUUCAAUGAACCAUUUUCUCUUUUUGUUCUUGAUCCUUCUUGAAUCGCCUGAUUCUCCUACCCCACCAGAUUGGUUCCUGUAAGCAAUGGCCACUGAUGUCAUGAAGGCCAGCUGGUUGUUAGUUCUGUGAGUCAACAUGGAAGCCUCAUUGUGUGGAAAGUUGGAAAUAAUGUCCAGUAAUGACUGCACAUCACCAGACGGGGCAAAGCAGAAAGGAGUCAGCUGAGCAAAACUGUACAGAACAAGAGAUUUACUUUUUUUUAAAUGCAAUGCAUAGCGAUGUGGUACUGUCAUUCAAAACCAACUUGGAAGCUUCAGAAAGAUUCCACAGUGAUUCCCAAAGCGAGAGGGCCAUGUGAUCUGAUAUCAUUGUUUCUCUGCUGAUAUACUGUAUGAAAUUGAAAAAAAUGCAUGGACACCAAUUUAGCCGAACUUAAACAGAAAAAAAAAACAUUUCAAAUUAUUUUCGAGGCUGAAACUUGCAAAAAACAGCCAUUUUCAACAAUUUAUAUUAUUUUUAAAAAACGUUUCACCAGUGCAUGGUUUUAUGGGGGAGUGAAUGCAACAAUAGGAUAAAAUUACACCGUGUUUCCCAUAUUCAGAAUAAAAUCAUUCACGUCUGUCUUUUGCGGACUAAGAAGAUUAUUAAGGAAGGGCUUGUCUGAAUACACGUGAUUUCAACAUGACAUUAAGAAGUGUCAUCUUGCAGACAAAAAAAACAUGGUUAAAUUAAUGACACAGACCUUCAAAGUCGGAUAUUAUUCACAGAUUACACAUGCUGCUCUGUCCCUUUUACUGGAUAGUUUAUUGUAUGCUCUGAGUAUGACCUCUGUGUCUCUAGCCACUAAAGCCCCUCAUCUGGGUUAAAAGUUGCAGAGUGUUAGUGCAUUUUGAUUCCUUGGGUAGAGUAUACAUUUUAACAACAAAUAAAAACAAAAUGAUAUGAUUUGCAAGCAUGUUGAAAGUAUUUUUGCAACAUGGCUUGGGCAACACACUGCAGUAAUUCAGCAUGCAUUUGACAAACAACAUUUUGCAGUAUCCUUUUAUUGUACAGUGCAUGAUGACAUAGAACUUAUUUACAUUUUCUCAUCUUAAAUUGAAUUCUACAGCAAAUAAAGGAAUUGUGGGCUCAUUGUUCAGAAAAAAGUAAUAAAAUAGUUUCUAGCAAGAUCCAACUUGUACAUACUGUAGGAAUCAGACAUUUUUUUCUCUGAAAUGAAGUAGCAUUGAUAUUAGCAGAGGACGAAUCAAGUAAUAUGGUAUUAGAUGAGAUAAUACCAGCCGGGUAUAGAAAUCAUCCCAUCAGAUGUUCAGUUUUGCGGGUUUGAAAAGUUUGCGUUCCAUAGACAGGAUUACUGGAGGUCAAACUGUUUUGCUGUAAAGUUCAAUUUUCACACAUAUAUUUGUGCAGUUUAAUGAGUACUGAUGUUCCCUUGCUAGACAGAGCUGAAAAUUGGCCAUUGGAAACCACGUUAUUUAUCUGUCGUUUUUGCAUUCCAAAUUGAACUCUCCACCCUGUUAGUUUCCCACCAUGCUGAGACAUCUUCCCCCUAACCCCACACCUCAAUUGAGAAAUGUUGGUUUGGCUAUAUUUUUUAAAAAGUGCUCUGUAGACUGAGAGAUUUGUAUGGUGGGAGGUGGCGAAGAACAGAGUUUGCCACGGGAGAGAAGGCUGAUGGAGCACUUGAAUGAUCGUCAAUGAGUAUGCUUGAAAACCAUUAAAAAGGAAAAUGAAAAAUGCCUUUUUUAUUUCAUAUUUGUGGUGCAAUUUUGUUUAAACCAAGCGUGAUUCUUGGGUCUUUGUCUCAUGACUAAAGUAUUGUAGAUGAAGUCUUGAAUGUUGAGUUGUCUAAAAAAAUCCUAGUGUCACAAAAAUAACACUAACCUCUUGGGAUUGGAGUUAGCAGUGGCCAUCAGCUACUAACACCAGUUUUUCAACAUUGCUGUAAGCAACUACAAGUCUGGACCUACAAUGUUUAUCUAUUUUUUAAGAAAAACAGCGUUCCAAAUUACAAAAUUUAUUUCCACAAUGCUGUCCCAUUAUUGUGACAGCAACUUAAUUUACACGCAUCUGAUUAUUUUGUGCAUAUUAUUCUUGCUUAUAAUGAUCUUUCAAAAAUUGUAACGAGAAGAAUGUUAAGGUAUGAAAGAUUUGUACAUACUUAUCAUUACGCAGUAUUUAUUUGAGGCAAUAUAAUUUUUUAAAAAUAUUUUUCACAUUAUGUCUGCAAAUCUGUUUAUGAUUUAGUCAUGACAACGGCACUAUUCCAGUAAAACACAGCUGUCUUGUACAUAGAUUUUAAGUAAAGGGACACUGAUGUUAGGUUACUGGAUAACUGGCCUGUAUGUGACAACAACUAAUGUAAAACAAACUCAUUUCUGGUGAUGGUAUUUAACAUGGCUACACUAUUAAUAAAAACAUUUCUUUACAGA